ACCAUCGUCGCCUUCUGCAGCUUCUUGCUGCUGCUGAUGAUUUCCCCACUCCAUUACUAUAUACCUUGCUUUCCUCUGCUUUCCUUUUCCCCAUCCCCCUCUUUUUUUAUUUUUCCUUUUUAAUUUUAAAAAUUAGUUCUAUUUUUAUCUAUUGUUUUCUCUUGCUUUAAUAAUUAAUACGUAUUUUUAUAUAUAUAUUUUUUAAUAUUUAUAUACUACUUAUCCUGCCGGGGCAUUUUUAUUAUUACUGAGAGAUGGAGAGAGAACCCAAAGUGACCUCUCUGGCGUUGUAGCAAAGGCAAAAAAAAAAAAAAAAAAAAGGCGGGGGGGGGUGGGGGGGGGGGAACUGCAGAUUCCACAGCUAAACCAAAAAGAAAAGAAAGGAGAAAUUUUUAAUUUUUUUUUCUUGAGAUGGACAGGCAGAUCCCACCCAAAUAAAUUAAUAAAUUCACCAUACACCCAUCUUCAUAAAACCCUCGAAUUCACCUUCUUUUGUUGUAUUUUUAGGCUGUAAUUGAGUCCGAUGCUGGGCGUAUCGGGACUGUUGGGGAACUCCUCCGGGGAUGGCGCCGCUGCUGGUGGAGCUCCCGACGGCGCUGGCGGCAGCGGCGGCAGCGCUGCCGAGGUGGGCGCCGUUAUCGGGUCGAAUUCCGGUGGUUUCAGCGAAGAAGACAAGGGCAGAGGCGAGGAGGGCGAUCGGAAUUCCGCGGGGAACCGAUGGCCGCGCCAGGAAACCUUGGCGCUGCUGAAGAUUCGAUCUGAUAUGGAUGUUGCCUUUCGUGAUUCAAGUCUCAAGGGCCCAUUAUGGGAAGAAGUUUCCAGGAAACUAGCGGAGCUUGGGUACCAUCGAAGUGCCAAGAAAUGCAAAGAGAAAUUCGAGAAUGUGUACAAGUACCACAAGCGAACCAAAGAAGGUCGAGCCUCCAAACCCGACGGUAAGACCUAUCGAUUUUUCGAUCAAUUAGAAGCUCUCGAUACCCAUCCACCUCCCUCUCUCCUUCCUUCUCUCCCGCCUCCCAAAGCCCAGCCUGCAGCACCAGCGCCGCCGGCGCCUUCGUCCGCUGCGGCAUUGCUGGUGGUGCCCCCCAAUCCCUUACCGCUUUCUCAGAUCACUGUUCCAUCCGCUACCAACCCUACCAAUAUAUCCCACCAAAGCACCGUAACGCUGACGAUAAACCCUGCACAUCCUUCCCCGCAACCGCCGGCAAACCCCACAAACCCCUCCCCACCACCGACUGCGCUGACUUUGCCGCCGGCGAUUCCCGUUAUUCCCGUUCAAGUACACCACCCCAGUAUUCCGAGUUCUAUUCCACACGCAUCGACCGCGAAUCUCGUCUCGAAUUCCACGUCCUCUUCUUCUUCCACCUCGUCUGACGAAACAAUCCAAGGGCGUCGGAAGAGGAAGAGAAAAUGGAAGGAUUUCUUCGAGAGGCUUAUGAAGGAGGUCAUCGAGAAGCAAGAGGAGUUGCAGAAGAAAUUCCUAGAAGCCAUCGAAAAACGCGAACACGAUCGAAUGGUUCGAGAGGAAGCUUGGAAAGUGCAAGAAAUGGCGAGGUUGAAUAGAGAGCAUGAAAUUUUGGUCCAAGAACGAUCCAUCACCGCCGCAAAGGAUGCAGCAUUGAUCGCAUUCUUGCAGAAAAUGUCCGACCAACAAAACCCAGUGCAAGUCCAAGUCCCAGUUCCGCCGCCGCCGGCGACUGAUAAUUCUGCCAUCCAAGUGCCACCAAUGCCACAACCACCGCCACAACUGCAGCAGCCGCCGACACCGGCGCCACAAUCAGCACAGCCACCGCCGCCGCAACCAGUGCUGCAGCCAUCUCCAGCAUCCGCACCACCGUUGGAGACUGCGAGAGUGAACAACGGCGAAAAUGUGAUACCGCCAAGCUCUUCCAGAUGGCCAAAAGCCGAAGUUCAAGCUCUAAUCAAUCUCCGAACGGGUCUGGAUGUGAAGUAUCAAGAAAGCGGGCCAAAGGGGCCGCUGUGGGAGGAGAUCUCGGCGGGGAUGCGACGGCUGGGAUACAACCGGAGCGCCAAGAGGUGCAAAGAAAAGUGGGAGAACAUCAACAAGUACUUCAAGAAGGUGAAAGAAAGCAACAAGAAAAGGCCGGAGGAUUCCAAGACGUGCCCGUACUUUCAUCAGCUGGACGCUCUGUACAAAGAGAAGAGCAAAAUGGAGAGUGGUGCUACUGCUUCUUCGCUGAAUCCAAGUUACGGGCUAAAGGUCGAAAGCGUAAUUAACCCGAUGGUGCCAUUGAUGGUGAGGCCAGAGCAGCAAUGGCCUAUGCAGCAGGAGUCGGCGACGGAGGAAAUGGGGAGCGACAACAUGGAACAGAAUCAAGACGAAGGAGACGACGACGACGGCGGAGACGAUGACGACGACGACGGAGACGAUGACGAAGAAGAAGACGAAGGAGGAGGAUACGAGAUUGUAACGAACAAAGCAGCAGCAGCAGCAGCAGCUUCAGCUUCAGCUUCAGCGACGAGGGUUGAUCAGUGAGGGAAGUUCACGAGAUAUUUUACCAUAGCAAAGAUGGGGUUGAGGGAGGUGGUGGCCUCCGAUCCGACGGGUCCAUGGAGGUGGGUCAUGAGAUUGCAGAAGGUGUCGGACGGGUAAGUGGGUCAGAUUCCGGCUGUCAUGAAAUGGGAGUGGAGAAAAAAAAUUAAAAUUUGAAAUUUAUACGCAAACACAUGGGUUGUAACCUAUAGUGGGAAUAUGUUUAUUUAUAAUUUAUUUAUUAUUUGCUAAAUAAAUAAAUUGGGAGAGAGAGAGAGAGCGAGCGAGAGAGAGAGAGAGAGCGAGGUGUUUCACGGAAUAAAUAAAGCGAGAGUGUAGAAUAGUGUUGUAUCUUUCAUUUCAUUCAUUUGGGCAUAAAUGCGAGAAAUGGUUGCUAGUGUUUGGCUUGAAUGGCUAAUAAGAUGCAUGGGAUUAGUUUUAUAA